AUGUCACAAUUGAAACCACAGAUUCCAGAAAUUGGUAGUAAAUUUCUAAUAGUAGAGCAAUUCAAAAAAGCCGCUCAACAAUAUGCUAAGGCAAUGGGUUUUGCUUUUAGAGAUAAAUACAGAAAUAACUACAAAAUUACUGAAGAAACUCAAAAAAGAAAGAAAUUUACCAAACGUCAAAACUGCUCUGUUAGCUUAAGAGCAGUUUUAAAUGAAAAUGUUGGGGUUUGGAUAGUAACCUCAUAUAAAAGUCAGCAUGAUCACAAACUCCUUUCUUUAUUAAAAGUUUACUGCUUUCAACAAUAUCAAGUUCUUAACACAAAACAAAAAGAACUAGUUUAUCUUAUGCUUAGAAGUGGAAUAUCAACUCAAUCUAUUGCUAAUACAGUGCACUGGAAAAAUGGAGUUGUAUACACAAAGGAUAUCAUUAAUGAAUAUGAUCAAAUUAAAAAUACAUUAAAUAAAGGCUCAAAUAAUAAUACCACUAUAAGGCUUCUAAAAAUGUUGAAAGAAUGUCAGUAUAUAAUUUGGCAUCUAUUAUCAAAAGAUAAGUCUAUACAAAACUUAUUCUUUACACAUAUUGAGGCAGCAUGUCAGGUGACCAUGUGUCCAGAAGUACUUAUAGUAGAUGCAAUCUAUAAGACAAACUUAUAUAAACUUCCUCUUAUCAAUAUAGUUGGUACAAUAUAUGAUGCUUUUUCUUGCUCUCCAGAAGUAUUUGUUUCAGACAAAGAUUUGGUACUUCAAAAAGCAACAAAUAAUGUUUUUCCAAUAGCUAAAAAAUAUAAAGAUUAUGAUAAAUUUUUGCUAUCUGUUCAAACAAUUGCUUAUUCUGAAAAGAUAAGUGAAGUUGAAAAGGCAUUUGAUGAGAUGAAACAAGCAAUAACUAAGAGUAAAAAUCCUAUCUAUAUUCAAAGUUACUUGGAAAAAUGGAAAAAGGAUGCAAAUGCAUUAAAAAAAGCAAUAAAGGCUGCAAGUGGUUUAGAGCAAGUUUUUUCACAUAUUAAUCGUGCCUUUUGUCAACACAAACUACAAACAAAUGAUGCUUUAGGAUUAAAUUUUAUUUCUGCAGAUUCAUUCAUUCUUAAUAAUAAAAGAUUUGAACAGCUACUUGGAAAAAUUUCUAAUAAGGCUUUAUACAAACUUGAAGAGAAAUAUGAAAGCCUAAGUGAUUGUGAAUCAAAGGCAAUAUUUUUGCAUAAAAUAGAAGCUCUAGCUGCUGAAGAAAAUAUAAUUCCAAAGGCACCAUUACGUGUU